AUGCUCGUCCCUCCCACGAACUUCGGGAUCGUCGAGGACGGGGUAUAUAGAGCCUCGUAUCUUGAUCUGAUCAAUUUUUUUUUCCUUGAAACAUUACACCUCAAAUCAAUUCUUUUAGUGGAUGCAGAGAAGCCCCCAUCUCACUUCUACAAGUUUCUUCAUAAAAACAAGAUCCAAUUGUACCAGAUUACCAACCGGAAGCUGAAAAUGAAACAGGACAAUGACCAAGGGAGCUCCAAUCAUCAUAGCGACAAAAAGAAAUAUCAAUAUCGGCGAAAUGCCACUUUGCCCGGGCUUCACGAGCCAGACGUUGGUGGUGAGGAUGAUGGAGACCUUGAACGCAACGUUAUCUACAUUUACAACGAUUCGUCCCUUGUGUCUUCUUCCCCGAGUUUUGACGACUCUUGGAUGGUCAUGAAACGGAAUUUAUUAUCGAAGAUAUUCGGAGUGGUGUUGGACAGGUCGAAUUACAACUUGAUGAUUGUCGAUUCCAUCUGCGUGGUGGCGUCGUUACUAAGGAAAAUUGAGAAAUGGAACUAUUCUAAUUUGAUUAGCGAGUAUAGGUUUUACGCAGGAAAGAAUAAGACAUUCCAAAUUGAAAACUUUUUAGAGAUAAUUCAGAUCGAAUUGGUGCCUGCGAAAAAAAUCGAGGAUAAUAAUAACAAUACUAAUAGUGAUAAAUCCGGAGAACCUUCACCAUCAUCGGAAGAGCUACGAGAUAAUAAUCAAGGGAAAUUAAGACAACCCAGUAUGAUAAAGCAGAAAAAUAGUAUUGAAUCUAAACGACAAAUCACUAUCCCAAUCAAUCAGCAGCAACAAAAUUCACAAAUUAGUCCGCAACAGAAUAGAGGAAGCUUUGCCAGUGUUUGGAGCGGAGGAAGUUAUGAGUACUACCAAUCUCCAAGAACUAAUUAUCGAAGUCCAAGAAAUAUUACCCAAUCAACCCAGGAUAAUAAAGGAGACAUGUGUGGUUCUAAAGUCACCCAGUAUUCUUUCAAAAGCCAAGAUGACUCCUAUGACAACUCGUAUAAAAGUAUGUUACAUUCUGCAGGAGAUUCGCCGGGAUUAGGGUUGAGUCCGCUGAUUAACAAAGAGGAAAAUGCUUCUUCCUCACCGCAGAUCCCUAAUAAUUUAUUGAGAUUUAUGGAGAUCCGAAAGAAGAACAAACAAAACUUUGAUGAAGAAGAUCAAAAGAAUUCGGAAGAUGUUGUUUUGCCAUUAGAGGAUUAUGACAAGGCUAAUGGCGAGCAGCAUAAAUCGCUUCUCAGUGCCGAGUUGGCCCAUGAUAAACAUCUCGACGAGACUAACCAAAGUGAUAGUAUUAAUGAGGAAGGAUUGGAGCUAGUGGAUAAUAAAGAUAAAGAAGAAUACUCAGACUAUUUGAAGGAUGAGAAAUACUUUGACUCGUUCUAUAAGCCUUUACUGAGUGAGAAGUUUGAUAAGAUAAAGAAUCACAUCAAGUUGAAACUCCCUACGGAAGAAAGACUACCAGGAUGGUUCAAACAGCAGCGAGCCCUCUGGGUCGAAGAGUACAAGGAGAUCAAUGGGAUAUGA